AUGCAAGCUAUUCCACCAAGCACGGCCUUGCUGGACGCGCUGUCGCGAUUGAAGACGCAUAGCCGGGCUAUGAAACCCCACGACCCCCAAAGCUUAAAACAAGCAUUGGCCUUCAUCGUCGAGCCACCGACGCCACUCACCGUCCUUACUGCCCUGCAAUGGCUUCGGGGAGGCCACAGGUCAGAUUUAGUAUCCUGGUUAGAGACCCUUGAUGGGUGCGCUUGGCUGGAGACCCAAGGGGGGAAAGACUGGCUACAGAAUCGGUGGAGGAAGGACUGGCUACAAACCCAGGGGAAAACCUUCUGGCCGAAAGCCCACAGCGUCCGGGACUGGCUGCUGACCCAGGGGAGGAAGGGCUCGCUGACUGAGGCCUGGCCAUCUUGGCUGGGAACACAGAGCGGGAGGGACUGGCUGCAGACCCAGCCAGGACAAGACUGGCUGCAAACCCAGUGGGGCCAAGACUGGUUGCGGACCCAGUGGGGGCAAGAUUGGUUGCAGACCCGGUGGGGGCAAGACUGGCUACAGACCCGGCGGGGGCAGGACUCGCUGCAUACCCAGGACAAGCGGGACUCGCUGCAAACCCUGAACGGAGAAGGCUGGCUGAAGACCGAGAGCGGGAGAGAGUGGUUGAGGAACGAGAGCGGGAAAGAGUGGCUGCAGACCCAGGGUGGAGAAGACUGGCUGCAGACCCGGGACGGAUCGGACUGGUUGCAGACCCAGAGCCGGCGAGACUGGCUGCCAACCCAGAGCAGGCGACAGUGGUUGCAGACCCAUGCUGGCCAAGACUGGCUAAAGAACCCGCCCGGACGAGACUGGCUGCACACCUAG